AUGUCGAAUAGUCGGCAAUUUCUUGUUCCAACUCAUUAUGAUAUUAAAAAACAAGUGUAUCCAACUGAAGAAGUUGUUCGUAAACGACAAUAUGAUAUGGAUCAAGUUAAAUCAAUAAAACACUAUCAAGAAUCAUUAAAUCAUACAGUUCCUGGAGAAAUAACUAUUGCACCCGAUUGCUAUGCCGACAAAUUACGCCGUCGAGCUAAACAUCACCGUUAA